UGCUCGGACGUCAUCUGCGUCCCACCCUCCCCGUUAUCCCCCUCUCUCACUCCUCCCUCUGUUUGCCCGGAUCCCAGUCCCUUCUCUCUCCAGCAGGCCCGACCCGCACAUCUGUCCGGCCAGACGCCCACGCAGACUCUGCCGACCGCACACGAGCGAGGGGGAUGAAAUUAGCAGGGACACGACGAGGAGCAGAACAGCCUGGACGUUUGCUGGAAGAAAAUCCGACCGCUCUCAUCGGAGCUCCUCGCGUAUCUCCCAGUAUGAAAGCUGGUUUCUAAUGUUUUUUUUUCCCAAUCCGCAGAGAGAGAGAGAGAUAAACAAAACAACUGAUUUCUAUACUCCAUGAAAACAUGAAAAGACCGGUUGCACCUUUCUGAGCUCAACCAGCCGGCUGGACACACCGUUAGGACCGUUAGGUUUACAGCCGGAUAACCGGAACCCGGACUACGGAGGAGGAGAGGAAAGAAACUGCAUUUAUUUCCCGAAAAGACCGAAUUUUACUACCCUCAAAUAAACAAAACGCCAAAGUUGAUAAAGCCAGAAGGGUGGUGCAGAGUCCUGGUGCUUCAGGAUGCUGGUGGAGCUGAGCGAGUGGUUCUGGCAGGAGCGGCUGUGGUUUCCAGAGGGUCUGGGCUGGGCUGACCUGGAGGAUCGGGAUGGACGGGUUUACGCCAAGGGCCGUGAUUUAUGGGUGGCACUUCCCAUCGCGCUGGUAUUCCUCAUUAUCAGGCAAAUCUUCGAAAGGACAGUGGCGACACCUCUGGCCUCUCUACUCGGUGUGAAAGAGACCGUUCGGCUCAAAGCGCCUCACAUCCCCUCCCUCGAGUCCUACUAUUUUAGAGUGACCAAAAACCCAACACAGUCUUCAGUAGCAAGCCUUUGCAAACAGACGGGUUAUUCAGAAAGACAAAUCCAGCGGUGGUUCAGACGGAGGAGGAACCAGGACCGACCAAGUUUGCUCAAGAAGUUCCGAGAAGCCAGUUGGAGAUUUACCUUUUACCUUCUUGCUUUCAUUGCUGGCCUGGCCUCCCUCGUCGAUAAACCUUGGCUGUACGACACAAAGGAGAUGUGGCAAGGCUUUCCUGUGCUGACUCUGCUGCCAUCUCAGUAUUGGUACUACAUGAUCGAGCUGGGGUUCUACAGCUCUCUGCUCUUCAGCGUGGCUUCUGACGUCAAACGUAAAGACUUUAAAGAGCAGAUAGUUCAUCACGUCGCGACCAUCCUCCUCAUCAGCUUCUCCUGGUGUGUGAACUACAUCCGUGCUGGAACUCUAAUCAUGCUGGUUCACGACUCCUCCGAUUACCUCCUCGAGUCUGCUAAGAUGUUCAACUAUGCUGGGUGGAGAAACGCCUGUAACUACAUCUUCAUCGUUUUUGCUGCAGUCUUUAUCGUCACGCGCCUCAUUUUUUUCCCCUUCUGGAUCAUUUACUGGACCUGGGUUUACCCAGUGACCAUCUACCCGCCUUUCUUCGGCUACUACUUUUUCAACGGCCUCCUUAUGGUUCUGCAGUGUCUCCAUAUCUUCUGGGCCAUUCUCAUCAUCCGCAUAGCAAUCCGCUUCCUCACCAACAAUGAAAAAGUGGACGACGAUCGGAGCGACAAAGACGAAACAGACGAAUCAGAGGAAGAGGAACAAGAGGCAGGGAAUAAAAAGCACGGACAGAAAAACGGGCCCAUGCAGAACGGCCACACGGUCCACAACAACAACCACAGCAAGACAGAGUGAAACGUGUGAGAGCAGGAAAGAAAGGACUCGUGUGAAAAAAGGACAACAAAGAAGACGAGAUGGCAUUCCCUAAAACUAGGAGAUUCAACACUGUUACUUUAACUCAGACAUACACAUGCUCAGUCAAACUUUUAGAGAAACACAAGUAUCAAGAUUGACACUACACGAAGUGGCACUGCUUUUGCUGUGUCAGGAUAAAGGAAAUCACGUAUCAUCGUCUUUGUUAGAUGUUUGUCCAACAAACCUGUCAGUGAGACAGGAGAGAACAUGAAGAGGUUCCAGGUGUGGAGGAGAAACAGGAAGGUGCUGCUGCUGCUGCUUCUACUUUAGCUUUCAUGUUUUAACGGUGUGCCUUAGAGCCAGCUGGUAGCUGCCAAAAAGCCAUUUUAUGGCUUUCUGCUUUAAAACUGCUACUUUGUUACGUAUGUCUUUUUUUUUGUGCUUUGUUUUGCAAUCACAAAGAGAUCAAAAUGAAGUGAGAACUACUAUUAGGAACGUGAGAUACUGGGGCAUUCCUUUGUCUAUGCAACAACAUUUCUGUUAGGUAUUAUGAUGUCUUUGCACAUAGAUAUGAAGGAAUAUUUUGCAGUCAGUGCAGCCUUGUGCCAUUUAUGAAGUUCUCUGGUUUCUGUUCCGUCUUUGUCUAUCAAAGCUCAGUUUGUACAGUUAAGUGACGUCUCACCUCUUACUUUUUAAGAAAACUUAAAGCAAUAGACCGAAAUGAGCGCUCAGCUCCAGCAAUGACAGCUGAGUGUGUUUGACACUCAGAACAGAGCGUGAUGAUGCUGCCCACUGAAAACUGAUGACUCAGCAUAUUCUUUCUGAGGAGAGGUUUCUCCGUGGAAGUAGCCGGGUUUUCCAGAGUUAACUUUAAUAGGACAGAUUUCUUCAGCUGACUGCCUGACCUUUGAGGUUACAUUCAUUAACCUGCAGGAAAUGAAAAGUGUUGAUCUAGAUUAAUGAUUAUGAUUCUGUUUGAAAAGGUUUACAAUUAUGGUCUUUAAUGUUUUUAGAAAUAAAUUUGUUGUUUUGGGGUUUUUUUAAGAGAAAGUUCUAGAAAGAAGUAUCUCAUCUGUGUCGUCACGCAUUCAUAUAUUUGUACGUCAAGUGCCUUAUUUGUAAUGAACGAGGAAUUCUCCUGUCUUCAUGUUCUCUCCUUCACAUCUAAGCCCCAAACACAUCCUCCUCCCACUACUGCAUCCACCACUUCCCUUCAUUAAACACCACUCUCAUUCCACUACUACUAACCCCAACCAACCAGCAAACAUGAUGCAGAAAAAUGUCUGUGGCCUGAUUACAGUGUUAUACAGUAUUUUUUAUUUUGUACUUUUCUUUUGUUUAAUGACGCCUAAAUGUUGUUAAUGAUGAUAAAAAAAAAUCACAAAGGAAAUGUUCUGGAGUCAUCUGUGUCUAAAUUGUGUCUCUAAAGAAUCUACACACGACACACUGACACAAAAUUGAAAUAACAUUUAAAAGAACGUUUUUAGCAACACUGCACUUAAAUUUAUUUUUGGCAAUCCAGUGUUUUAAAACUGAGUAGAGACAUACAGUGCUAGCUGCUUUUAUGGGCAUCCCUGCAACUCCCACAGCCUUUGGAAGAGAAAUUGACCCAGAGCAUCACAGAUCCUCCACCAUACCUUACAGUGGGCUUGAGGUGCUUUUUAACAUAUUCAUUCUUUGUAUCACGCCAGAUCAACUUAAACUGGUUGUUCAAU